GGCACGCGCUCUGCUCUGUAUGCCAACAAGCGCGAGUCCAUCACGCUGACCAUAAAGGACGUGGAUGCAGCGACGGUGGGCGCCAUCAUUGCUCUCUAUGAGCGCGCCACAGGGCUGUAUGCCUCACUCAUCAACGUCAACGCGUACCACCAACCAGGAGUGGAGGCGGGCAAGAAGGCAGCAGCAGAGGUGCUGACGCUGCAGAAGAGAGUGCAGGCAGUGAUCAAUGAUGCGAGCUGCAAGCACCCAGUGGAAGCUCUUACCAUCCAGGAGAUUGCCACGCGUGCUCAUGCACAGGCGCAGGUGAGAGUGCAAGGGCAGAGGAGCAGGUGA